AUGAAUCAAUACGUCGCGUCGUCACUCACUGCCCUCUACUACCUCAUAUAUCCCCUCUACUUUCUACUUUGCUUCAUCGCCCUGACCGCAAAGGCUCUUCUCUCGCCAAUCACAGCCCUGCUGCUUUUCCUGCUACAGCCACUGGUCCUCUUCGCUCACCUGCUUGUGACUUGCGCUCUUGUUCCUCUUCGACUCUUGCAGAAAUUCGAGGUCAUUCUACCCCAGCUCUUUGCUCGCUACCCCACAUGCUCCUCUAUUAAUAUGCUGACUAUUGCCAAGACACUCUACAUCUAUCUGGGUGUCGCCUCUAUCACAGGCAUCUCGUGUGGCUUGCUGUUGCAUUUUGUCUAUUCCUUUUUGCACUCCAACUUGCACCUCGCUUCUGAGCCUGUCGUGAGGGGUCCUACAUCAAAGCAAUAUCGUGCUUCUCCAAGGCGCAAAGACAUGUAUCAUUCAGACCCUAUGUUUUCACCCGCCUUGUCUGUGACCAGUGUACUCGAUACACCGGGUGCAGGCAGAUAUGGUCUGCUGGCUCAAACCAUUCACGAGGAGGACUCGGAUUUCUGA